AUGUCCUCCCUUCCAGGCAGAACUCUGGCCAUGUAUGGUAGCUGGACUGAAUCUAAUUCAGAGCCAUUAAAUUUAGAAGACAUCAUUCAGUCGAUCACCUCUGUAGAUCCUGGUCCAUCCCAGCGAUAUACACCACCAACGAUGAAGGCCUUUGUAGUGUGUGCUCUUCUCAGCCUCGUAGCCGCCGACAGGCGCCCAACCAACGGGUAUGGAGCUCCUCCAGCUUCUCCAAGCAACGGCUAUGGCGCUCCUCCAAGCAACUCCUAUGGCCCACCUAGGAACUCCUACGGAGUAGAUCCUCUUGCUGAAUUGGCACAGAACAUUCCUGGAGGCGGAGUUCCUGGAGAAGACUACCCUAUUUUGGCCUCCGUCCCUGACACUCGUUUCUCCUGCGAUGCUCAGAAUGUCCCUGGUUAUUAUGCCGACACUGAUCGUCAGGCUGGCUGCCAGGUCUUCCACAUCUGCCAGGACAGGCCCAAUGGACGCCUUCAGCAGGACUCCUUCCUCUGCCCCAACGGCACCAUCUUCAACCAACAGUACCUCGUCUGUGAUUGGUGGUUCAACUUCGACUGUGCUGACGCUGAAGACUUCUACUCAGUCAACGAGCAGAUUGGGGUCGUUGCCUACGACCCUUAUGGCAGAAGUCGCAACGGUAACGGAAACAACGGUUAUGGAUCUAAUGGCAACGGUAAUGGAGCAGGUGCUGCUCCCAGUAACGGUUAUGGAGCCCCAGCACCUCCUACCAAUGGAUAUGGAGCUCCUCCAUCACCUUCAGACUCUUAUGGUGCACCUUUCUAACUCAUGUAUCACCUCAAUAUCCCCAACUCGACAGAGUAACUUUCUGCAACAUUACUAACGGAAGAGUAACCUUUGCUUAAUGCUUAAUUAUGUCCCUAAAAUCUAAAUGCAUUGUAAAU